UUGAAGUUAGCCAACAGUCAGCUGAACUACGUAGGAGGAGAAGAGAAGGGAGGAGAUCAUCCCCAUCAACGUGCCGAGCGAUGCCAAUCUGUGUUAUCAGUAAAAUGUGCACGUUUUUUCGUGAACGGAUUCUAUUUUAAGUACGUAAACGAAGUCAUCCAUUCUUAUAACCGGAAAGUUCUGUACUUUGCGAACGCGUCUGUGAAACAAUAUUUCAAGUCAAAGUUGAAGAUCGCAUCAGGUGAGCAAAUACAAACCGAAAAGGAAAAACUUUUCCUAAAAUAUCCAAUUCGAAGAUUUACGUUCUUCAGAAUGGCUGAUAAUCCUGUUCCUGUUCAGGAAAAUAACGUAGUCCAUAACGAAAACUGGUGUUGUACCAAGAUACGUAAAGUAAUAUGCGGAUACACAUGGACGAUUCAAGAUUACAAGUCGGCUUGCAGUGUUAAAGGCACUAUAUUAAAAUCGCCGGUAUUUUCAGCCACCGCCGGUUCGUGUAAAUGGUAUAUAAAAGUGUAUCCCAGAACCGAAGACGGUGAUAUGGAGUUAUAUCUCGAAGCAAUCAAUUCGGACGAAGUUGAGAAGUACGGUGUGGUCUGCGGAGACUUGAAAUUUUCCUUGAUAAAUUCAGAAGGUCAAGAAGCGAAUGUUAAAAAAACCGAUUUCAUGUUAGACGAAGAUGAUACAAACGCUGGUUUCGCAGAAUUCAUCAGCAACGAGUAUUUAUUUUCAGACGCGAACCGGCUCCUACCGCAGGGUAAAUUGACCAUUCAUUGCGAAGUGAUCACAAUCUGUCAAGAUGAUUUAGUCCAUGUAUCUGGUCUGUGUGAUCAGAAAACUCUAUUCGAAAUACACGAAUGUAAUCCUUUGAAAGAAUUCGGCAAAUUGAUGAAUAACGCCGAUUUUAGCGAUAUCACGAUCUGCGUCGACGGUAAAGAAUUCCCAGCGCAUAAGAGCAUCCUAGCUGGACGCAGUCGAGUAUUCGCCGCAAUGCUUCAACACGAGAUGAAAGAAAAUCAACUGAAUCGUAUCGUUAUCGAAGACAUCGACGAGAAUACGUUUCUAGAAGCGUUACGUUUCAUAUACACCGGAAAAGUGCAGAAUAUAGAAACGAUAGCGUUCAAAUUGUUACCAGUAGCUGAUAGAUACGAUCUUCAAGAGCUUAAACUCAUGUGCGAGAAGGUAUUGAGUAGCAAGCUGUGCAAGGAUACGGUUGUGAAAACGUUGAUAUUUUCUGAUACUCACGAUGUGAAGAAUUUAAAAGCUUGGACUAUCGAGUACAUCAAAGUAAACUCCAUUGAUAUACUGAAUUCGAUGGGUUCGGAAGGUUGGGAUGAGCUUGUAUCGAGACCGAAUUUAAUGAAAGAUGUGCUCACAGAGUAUAUGAAGAAAUAGGUUUCUGUUUGUAUUCGAAUCGAGUUUGUGUGUUUUUUAAAUGGUUACAUUUUUUUUUAAUUUUAAAAAUACCUAUUUAUUUUUUAGAAUUUAUUCGUGUUUGUAUACUCGUAAAUAGGUAUCGUCUAUAGUGUAAUAAAUAUAGUGAUUUUUCUUACUCAUUUCGUGAAUAUCUGGUUCGAUAGCGAUACCUAGUUGUUAGUUGAAAAUUGAAAUUCGUUGAUUGUCAAUUGAAAAAUUAAAGUCUGCCAGCUGUCUGUCUGUA